GAUGGCGGCAGCUGCGGUUUGAAUUCCAGCGGCGCCGCUAGUCUGCACACGGGCUGUGUUGGAGGGGGCGGGGACCUGGAAAGCCGGGCGGGUCUCAACAGCCGGGGGGCGAAGCAGUGGCGCGGCUGCCACAGACACUAAUGCCAUCAUUGUCUUUGUGUCCAUGAUGGACUCCGUGUUGGAAGAAGACGUCACUCUCCCCGGGACGUUCAGUGGCUGCAGUGGCCUUGUACCCCCUUUACCAGAUGACCUGGAUGGCAUCAGCCCCAGUGCUGCGUUGGGAAAUGGAAUGCUCCCAACUGCGUCAGAAGAAAAGGUGUCUCCUACCAGAGUGCGGAACAUGAAGGACUUUGAAAAUCACAUCACUGAGCUGAAGAAAGAAAACUUCAACCUAAAGCUCCGCAUCUAUUUCCUUGAAGAGAGAAUGCAGCAGGAAUUUGAUGGCCCCACCGAACACAUCUAUAAAACUAACAUUGAGCUCAAGGUGGAAGUGGAGAGCCUGAAGCGGGAGCUUCAUGAGAAAGAGCAGCUGCUCAUCAAAGCCUCCAAAGCAGUUGAGAGCUUAGCUCAAGGGGGCGGCUCUGAGAUUCAGCGGGUGAAAGAAGAGGCUCAGAAGAAGGUGCAGCAGCUGGAAGAUCGCCUGAUCGAAAAGAUACUCCUCCUCGAAGGGGAAGUGAAAGCCGCUCAAGCAGAACUGGAGAAGGCCUUUGCAGGGACAGAAACAGAGAAGGCUUUUCGGCUGAGUGUGGAAGGCAAGCUUUCAGAAAUGCAGAAGAUGCGUGCAGGCGACUUGGACGUGGCUCUGGCCCUGGAAGAGAAGGACAGACUGAUUGAGGAGUUGAAGCUGUCUUUGAAGAGCAAAGAAGCUUUAAUUCAGUGCCUUAAAGAGCAGAAAUCUCAGAUGGCAUCUCCUGAUGAGAAUGUGUCAUCUGGAGAGCUCCGAGGACUUUCUGCUGCUCAGAGGGAAGGAAAAGAGAGAGAUGCUGAGGCUGCACGAGUGGAGCAUCAGAAGGAGAGAAGAGAGCUUGAAGAGAAGAUCCAGGCACUUGAGGAGGACCUGAGAGAGAAAGAAAGAGAAAUUGCUACAGAGAAGAAAAAUAGUUUAAAGAGGGAUAAAGCCAUUCAGGGCCUAACCAUGGCAUUAAAAUCAAAGGAAAAAGAGGUUGGAGAACUUAACUCUGAGGUUAAAGAGCUCAGCACUGCCCUGGCUAAAGCUAAAGAGGCUCCGCAGAAAACACAAGCCACAGCAUUCCACGGCUCUGAAGACCUUGAGGCUGCUCUGAGGGAGAAGGAAGCCCUCCUGGCUGAGCUGCACUCCGAGAACCUCACCCGGAGCUCGGAGAACCGCAGGCUGCAGAGGAGCGUGAAGAGGCUCACCCAGGAGCUGAGCGAGCUGCAGCAGGACAAGGAGCGGCUGGAGCGGGACCUGGAGGACUCCCAGCGGGAGGGGAGCAAGGGUGCCCUUGCCGUCCACGACCUAAGAAAUGAGGUUGAAAAAUUACGCAAUGAAGUAAAUGAACGAGAGAAAGCAAUGGAGAAUCUUUUGAGUGAAAGCAAUAAAAAACUGCAUAAUCAAGAGCAAGUGAUCAAACAUCUGACAGAAAGUGCCAAUCAGAAGGACUUGUUGCUUCAGAAAUUCAAUGAAAAAGAUUUGGAAGCAAUCCAGCGGAACCGUUAUUUAAUGACUGCGGAGGAUCUCGGGUUCAGCAGCGAAGGCGUAAUAACAGAAAGGCGCUCUUCUCAGCAGUCAGCCGGCAGCCGACUCAUCUUCUUGGAAGAAAAGCAACAGUCGGACUAUGAAGAGCUAAUGCAGGUCUUAAAGAAGGAACGGGACAUCUAUUCCCACCUGGUGAAGUCUCUGCAGAGCUCAGACAGCGUCGACAGUCUGCAUGCUGAGUUAAACGCCAUUUUUGCCCUGCGGAAGCAACUGGAACGAGAUGUGCUGUCCUAUCGGAAUUUACAGAAGAUCCUGGAGGAGCAGAUCAGUGAAAUCCGGAGGCGGGAAGAAGAACCAUUUUCAUUUUAUAGUGAUCAAACAUCUUAUCUAAGCAUUUGCCUCGAAGAGCACAAACGGUUUCAAGUGGAGCAUUUUUCUCAAGAAGAACUUAAGAGAAAGGUCAGUGACCUCAUACAACUUGUGAAGGAACUGUACACAGACAACCAGCACCUGAAGAAAACCAUUUUUGACCUUUCCUGCGUGAGUUUCCUGGGAAAUGGGGGAGCUGACAUGACAGAACAGAGAGAGCUUCUGCCUAGCAAGGAGGAUGAGGACACUAUCAAAGUUGAAGAGGAUGACGGGAAUAAUUUCCAAAGUGAUCAGCAUUUGGAGCCAAGUAAUAAGGUUAUGGAAGACUGUGCCCAAGGAGGCUGUAAAAAUGGAUACUUCAGGCCCACGGAUUCCAGUAUUUUAGACUAUGAUGGGGCUGAUAAGACUGGUUGCCUUGGAGACGGGAACCUAGAAGGUGUCAAGCUCUUGGGCCUACUUGCCCCUUUCUUCAGUGAGAGAGCCAUGCUGUCGCUGGAGUCCAGGUCAGGCCUUCUGAGAGCACUCCAUGGACUGCUUCUAGAACAGAAGUGCUCAGCAGAGCAGGGAGUUCCCGGAGAGCACCCCAAUGGGCCGACCGAGAAGACACUCAUGCGAAUGGCCGUUCAGCUGCGAGAUGAGCUGGGACACUUGGUCCAGGCCAACUCACUCACUCCGCCGCAAGGUGAACUAGAGCCAGCAGAGGCUGAGCUAGGGAGGCAGGGCAAAGUGGCCGAGGUGGAGCUGAAGGAUGCCUCGGUGCAGACUGUGCCUGGGGAGGGCCGCCUGCUCUGGUGGGAAUGUGAUGAAAAGAGAGAAGCCGGGGAGGAGGAGCCGACCAGCGCCAUGUAUGGUGCUAAGCCAGAGGAUGAAGGCUGCAUGCCAGGACAGCAGGCCCCUCCCUUUCCUCACCCCAGCCUGGCCAACAAGGAUGUUAAGAGGUCCCGCUUGCCGAUCCUAGAGAAACCAUCCCGGUCAUUAGGAAAUAUGUACCACCUUCCUGCCACCCAGGAGGUGGAAGGUCAUCUGCAAGGUCAAAUCCUGGAGUUGCAGGGGGAACUGAAGGAGCUCAAGACUCGCAAUAAGCAACUUCACCAAAAGCUAAUUCUGGCCGAGGCUCUGAUGGCUGAGAGGCAAGCGCCUGACCAAGUGCUGCUGGCUGCAUCUACAGCUCAGCCUCUUGUGGGAGCAGCUUACCAGGACAGCUCAGGAGAGCAGAGAGGAACGGAAGCCGCACUCUCUGCCCAGCGAGACGAGGAGGGUGACGACGACCAGCAAGCAAGCUGCACGACUGAUUCUAAAGUUUGCCCAACUGAUAACCUUUCCAUAGUACCGGCAUGCAUAGAGAAUCCUGAAGAUUUGCUGGACUCAACCUCAGUAUCUACUCAAUUGAGUUCUAAGAGUCAGAUUUCUGUUAAAGACAAUGUAAUCUGGACGGAUGAAUCUGAGAACAUUGACAUCUCAAGUGAUACCGAGUACUUAAAACAGAAAAUCCGUGACUUGGAAACUGAGCUGGAUGUCUACCAGAAAUUUGUAUUUCAGUUUCACAAGCAUUCCCAGUGCAGUGAGGCCAUUAUUACAGUCAUGUGUGGGACAGAAGGGGCCCAGGAUGGUUCCAACAAGCUCAAAGGCAGCACUGAUGAAGAAGAACGGACCUUUUCAAGUCUGCACCAAGUACAGUAUGUAAAACAUAUGAAAAUCCUCCGUCCGUUGUCCCCAGAAAUGAUUGAUGGCAGGAUACUGGAAGGCCUCCAACAGCAGCUGGUGAAGCACGAGUAUGAGCUGCAGAAGGAGCAGAAUUUGAACCUGGAACUCUUUAGUGACAUCCAUAACAUGCAGAAUAAGUUCAGAGAUCUCUCACCCUCAAGUUACGAUUCAUUAGUUCAGUCCCAGGCCAGGGAACUCUCCCUUCAGCGACAACAGAUUAAGGACGGCCACGGCAUCUGUGCGGUUUACCGUCAGCACAUGAACACCAUGAUUGCGGCGUUUGCAGAGCUGCUGCAGGCCAGCGACGUGGACGACUGUGUGGCCACGGGUUUUCAGGAGCAGCUGAGUCAGUGCGCGGCGCUGCUGGAGCGAUUGGAGAAGCUGUUCCUUGGCGGGAAAUCAGCUGGAAUGGAACUGAGUCUCCAGAAAGAGCCAGUAGAGAGGAUUGAAGAAGACAACUUAACCUACCAGCAUAUUCUGCCUGACUCUCCUGAGCCUUCUGCCUCUCACAUGCUGUCUGAUGAUGAAAUAUCCGACAAGUCCUCCCUCUCACGAGACCAGAAGCAAGACAGUGAGACCGAGAAGGUGAAAAUGAUGAUGAACCAUUUUUCUCAAGAUUUGCUAAUGGAACAUAUUCAGGAAAUUCGAACUUUAAGAAAACGUUUAGAAGAAUCUAUUAAAACAAAUGAGAAGCUACGGAAACAGCUAGAACGGCAAGGGUCUGAGUUUGAUCAAGCUUCUGCCAACACUUUUGCAUAUGGGUCAGAGCUGCAUAAUUCUUUGACAUCAGAGAUACAUUUCCUGAGGAAGCAGAACCAGGAGCUGAACACGAUGCUAGUGAAGGGGUCUCAAGAUAAACAGAAAGAGAAUGAAAAAUUGCGGGAGUCCAUCUCCAGGAAGGCCGCAAGUCUGGAGCACCUUCAGCAAGAGUUUGCCAGUGUGAAGGAGGACAACGAGAGGCUGCAGAAGGAAGUCAGUGAGAGGGAGAGAUGCAACCAGCAGCUGCUCCAGGAGGUCCACAGCAGCCGCCAGGAGCUGGGCAGGGUGCAGGAGGAGGUGAAGUUGAAGCAGCAGCUGCUGUCACAGAAUGACAAGCUGCUGCAGUCCCUCCGAGUGGAGCUGAAGAUGUAUGAGAAGCUGGCCGAGGAGCACAGGAGGCAGCAGCAAGAGGACAGGGCAGAGGCGUUGGGAGCAGGCUGCAGGGGGCAGGAGCACGGCAGUGACCUGCACGGGCUCCUGAUGGAGAUCAAGGCUUUGCGAGCACAGCUGGAAAGGAGCAUCGAGACCAACAGCACCCUUCGGAGCAAGCUGGAAGAGCAGCUGGCCCAGGGGGCUGAGAAGGCCCGGGAAGGAGCCUUCACUCUGCCAGCCCAGGCCCUGCCCGUCCCCGAGUGGUCCCUUCCUGUAGACCAACACGAUGGUGACAAAUAUUUCAUGGGAAUUGAUAAUUCGUGUGAUCUGUUUGAUUCUGCCCAGAGAGCAACACCAAAUUCAGCUUCAGAAAUUCCUCCAGUCUCUGGAUAUGAUGUGGCCUCUCUCUCCUGUGAGAGUAGCAGCUCGGCAACCACUACCUCGUGCCUGCCCCACUUGGGCACUGGCCCCCGCCUGUGGGCCAGCAAGAGUGGCCGCCACGUCCUAGGCCUAUUUGAGGACUAUGAUGCCAUGUGGAAGCAGGUCUGCCAGGGCCAGAGGCUCCUCGCUGAGAUGGACAUUCAGACCCACGAGGCUCCCAGCCCAAGUCCAGAGCUGGGGACAAAGGACCCAGACUCAGCAUCUCUGAGCAAGUUUGUCUCCAGCUUGAGCGCAGCCAGGCAGAUCCUGGAAGAGACCUCGAGGUCACUGAAGCUCCUCUGGAGAGUCUCCCUCCCGACAGAUGGCCAGUGCCCCCUCCACUGUGGGCAGAUAAGAGAAAUGAAAGCAGAGAUCACUAAACUACAUAAAAAACUGUUUGAACAAGAGAACAAGUUGCAAAACACGGUGAAGCUUUUGCAGCAGAGCAAGCACCAGGAAAAAGUCAUCUUUGACCAGUUGCUCAUCACCCACAGUGUGCUGCGCAAGGCCAGAGGAAACCUGGAGCUUAGGCCUGGGGGGGCCCAUCCAGGGACAUCCAGUCCUAGCAGACCCGGCUCCUGAGGACAGCUGCCAGCCAAUAAAGCUCGUGGCCGGACAUCAC